UGAAAACAUUCCAGCCUAGUGCAUAUGAGUAUACGGCAGCAGAGCGCUGCACGACCUCCGUUCCGCCUCCCCAAUCCGUCCCCCGUCUCCUCGCCCGCCGCCCUCGACUCCCGUCUUCUCGCCUCCCGCUGGCAUCCUGCUAGCAGAGGUGGCGCCGGCGUUCUCCUGCUCCCGCCGCAUUCGCUCACCGGUGAGCAUCCUAAUCCAUCCCAUCCGGCCUCGGCCUCGAGUUUCGUCUCCUCGCCGCCGCUUGCGCCGAUCCCCAUCCUGCGAGGAGAGGUGGCGCCCGGCGUCCUCCUGCUUCCACCGCAUCGUCGCUCGCCGCGAGGAGCGGAGCAAAUCCUCCGCCGCCUCGCGAGCUCCCCCACCGCCUGACCUAUCUCCGGUCGCUGGAAUCCGAGAUCGGCCUCCUUCUCGAAUCCGCCCCCGCCUGUACAGUCGCCGACGGCCGCCCCAGCUGAUGGUUCGCCACCGCCCCAGCUGAUGGUUCGCCUUCACUGGAAUCCGAGCUGCUUGAAGACUAGUACACGACAUCCGUAUAAAAUAAUGCCCUACUUGUCAUUCUCUACUUGCCAUUCUCCUUUUUCAAACCCAUGGCCUACAUGUCAUCCUCUACAAGGCCAAAGAAAAGUGAGCAACUCAUCCUUCCUUCCCCUUCUUCUCAUCUUCGGCGAGGAGCGGAGCAAAUCCUCCGCCGCCUCGUGAGCUCCCCCACCGCCUGACCUAUCUCCGGUCGCUGGAAUCCGAGAUUGGCCUCCUUCUCGAAUCCGCCCCCGCCUGUGCAGUCACCGACGGCCACCCCAGCUGAUGGUUCGCCUUCACUGGAAUCCGAGCUGCUUGAAGGUGCUCCCGUUGCUUCAGAGGAUUAUAGUGUCUGCUUCAUUCGGAGGUUCAUCGUCGCCAAAAAUAAAUAAAAUUUGGCCGUGUCAACUCUACAAUUAGGAAGGUUUCGGAUUUCUCAACGUGGAAUGAUAAGAAAUGGCAUACAGAGCAAUGCUGCAAAGUGCUGCGGAGUCUGCUAUACAGUCCAUUGGUCUUGGUUACGACAUUGCUCAUGAUAUACGUCUCAAGUAUUGCAAGCAGCGCAGUUCGCCUGACCCGUUGCUCAUUGAGCUUGACCAUGACGAGGUUCAGGAUAUUGUGCUCCCUGGUGGACUGACAGUUGCAGGCGUGUCCAAGUCGAUUAAGUGUGACAAAGGGGAGCGGACGCGGUUCCGGUCCGAUGUCCUGUCAUUUCAGCAGAUGUCGGAGCAAUUCAACCAGGAAUUAUCUUUGUCUGGGAAAAUUCCAUCUGGUUUAUUCAAUACUAUGUUUGAAUUUACUGGCUGCUGGCAGAAAGAUGCUGCUAAUACCAAGUCACUUGCCUUUGAUGGUUGGUGUAUCACACUGUACACUGUUGCACUCUCAAAGGCACAGAUUGUACUCCGGGAUCAUGUUAAGCAGGCUGUUCCAUCAACAUGGGAACCUGCUGCAUUAGCAAGGUUUAUUAGAAAGUUUGGUACUCAUGUAGUUGUUGGUAUAAAAAUGGGAGGCAAGGAUAUAAUUUAUUUAAAACAACAGCAUUCAUCAACUUUGCAAGCUGUUGAUGUUCAAAAACGAUUGAAGGAGAUGUCAGACCGAAGAUUUCUUGAUGCAAACGGGCAAUCUGACUUCAGUUUCAAGGAUUCCUAUGGAAAGGAUAAGAUUGACACAAGAGAGCAUCGGCUGAGAUUUGUGGACUCCAGUCCAUUGAAUUCUUACUCUUCAAAGGAGGAUUUGGUGAUGAUGCCUAAGCGGAGAGGUGGAAGGGAUAAAGAUAUCCUUUCUCACAGCGAGUGGCUGAAUACUGUUCAGGCAGAACCUGAUGUUAUCUCAAUGUCCUUCAUACCUAUUACUUCACUGUUGAAUGGAGUUCCUGGCUGUGGAUUUUUAAACCAUGCAAUUAAUCUGUACCUUCGAUAUAAGCCUCAAAUUGAAGAGCUGCACCAAUUUUUGGAGUUCCAGCUUCCAAGGCAGUGGGCUCCUGUUUACAGUGACCUCCCUCUUGGUCCUCAGAGGAAAAGACAAAGCACUGUAUCUUUACCAGUUAAUUUAAUUGGUCCAAAGCUUUAUGUUUGUACCAACAUGGUUGAUGUGGGCAAAAGACCUGUUACAGGAAUCCGGCUGUUUCUUGAAGGAAAAAGGAGCAACAAACUAGCUAUCCAUCUCCAGCAUCUCUGCUCUCUUCCUCAGAUUCUUCAGCUUGAAGAUGAUCCUUACAAUGACCAAACUCCAGAAGCAUAUGACCGCAAGUACUACGAACCAAUUGGCUCAUGGAAGCGUUUCUCCCAUGUCUGCACUGCACCAGUUGAAUCAGAUGACUCCUCCAUUGUCACGGGGGCACAAUUAGAAGUGGUUAGCCAUGGCUUCAAGAAAAUACUGUUCCUUCGCCUCCAUUUCUCCAAGGUCUGCAACGCCACUUCCGUCAGGAACCCUGAGUGGGAAGGAUCUCCAAACCUGGCUCAGAAAUCGGGCCUCAUCUCAACACUCAUCAGCACACAUUUCUCCACAGCAGCUCAAAAGCCCGCGCCUCGCCCUGCUGAUGUGAACAUCAACUCGGCAGUGUACCCUGGUGGACCCCCUGUUCCAGUGCAGACCCCAAAACUUCUCAAGUUUGUGGAUCCAACAGAGAUGAUGCGUGGACCGCAGGAUCUGCCAGGUUAUUGGGUGGUCUCAGGUGCGAAGCUGCAGCUCGAGAGGGGCAAGAUCUCGCUGCGGGUGAAGUACUCGCUCUUGACAGCAAUGUUGCCUGACGACGAUGAGUUUGCGUUCGAUGAAGAGUUUUAGAACCAUGAAACCGAGCGAAGAAAAGAAACCCACCUCAUUUUGUUUUUAUCAUUUAUGUGCAGCUAACAGCAGGAACUCGAAUGCUCAAUCUAGGAUUUUCGUAGCAUUUGUAAGUGAACUAGCUGGAAGUCUAUGUUGUAUACAGUUGCGGGUUUGAAACAUGGAAGCAGAAAUGAACGGUCUCUGGCUUGGAUGA